UGGAAAUAGGGAAUAUAUGGUGGAUCACUAGAUUGGUAGUAGUGCAAAAGGGUCAAACUGAAGAAAGGGAGGGACAGUCAAAAACUGAGAGUCUGAGACUACUUCAAGUGCAUCUUCUCCGAUCCUCACCAACAAUGGCGCUUGAAGUCAAUACUUACAUUUGCAUUCCAGUCCUUGUGGUUUUGUAUCUCCUAACGAAAACUGUACUGCAUAAGCUCCGUGGUCUUCCCCCGGCCCCUUUUCCAGUACUCCCUGUUAUAGGCCAUCUUCAUCUCCUUAAGAAACCUCUCCACCAGACGCUCGCCAAGCUUUCUGAACGUCAUGGCAAAGUGCUUUUAUUCCGCUUUGGAUCACGUCGUGUUCUUCAUGUUUCUUCCCCCUUGGCUGCAGAGGAAUGCUUUUCCAAAAACGACAUUGUGUUUGCCAAUAGACCUGGCUUUCUUUGUGGCAAAUAUUUUGGGUACAACUAUACCAGCCUCUCUUGGGCACCUUACGGUGAACAUUGGCAGAAUCUCCGCCGUAUCUCAGCCACGGAUCUCUUAUCAUCCACUCGCCUUGACUCCCUUUCUUAUAUCCGCCUUGAAGAGAUCCAGUCACUGACACACAGAUUGUUUUUGGCUAGCAAUAAGAAUCCAAAUGAGAUAUUGAAUCUAAGAUCCGAGUUAUUCGGUUUUGUAUUUAUUGUAAUGACAAGGAUGAUGGGAGGAAAGAUGCAUAAUGGUCUAGGCAUUGAAAAAUCAGAUAUAGCAAAGAGGUUUCAUGAUAUAGUUGCGGACACAGCGCAAGUCAAUGCGCAGUCAGGUAUGGCAGAUAUGUUGCCUAUUUGGCGUUGGUUUCUUGGCGGAAGACUAGAGAAGAGGUAUACGUCAGUGCAGAAGAGACGAGACGACUUCAUGCAAGAAUGGAUUAAUGAAAUUCGUGCAGAUGUUUUGCGUAACGAGGAAGAGAAGAAGACAUUCCUGAGAGUUCUAUUAUCUCUGCAAGAUUCAGAUCCAGAAUACUACACUGACGAAAUGAUCAAAAGCCUUUCACAGGCCCUGCUGCAUGGAGGGAUCAGCACUUCAGUGGAGACAAUGGAAUGGGCAAUGUCACUUUUACUUAAUAGCCCACACGUGUUAAUUAAGGCACAGGCAGAAAUCGACAGUGUUGUAGGCUGUGUUCGCCUAGUCAAUGAAGCAGACUUGUCAAAGCUCCCUUACUUGCAUUGCAUCAUCAAAGAGACAUUAAGGAUGCACCCGGCAGCCCCGUUACUUCUUCCUCAUGAGUCAUCAAAGGAGUGUUCACUUGGAGGUUACCGUAUACCACAUGGUACUAUGCUGUUGAUGAAUGUGUGGGCCCUACAGAAUGAUCCCAACACAUGGGAUUGUCCUGAAAUAUUUAAACCUGAAAGGUUUGAAAUUAAAGAUAAUAUUGCCAAGCCAAAAGAGGGAUUGACUAUGAUGCCAUUUGGGUCAGGGAGGAGGCGAUGCCCCGGUGAAAAUUUGGCAAUGCGUAUAAUGGGAUUGGGAUUAGCAUCACUAAUUCAAUGCUUCGAAUGGAAACGUGUUAGUGAUGAACUGGUGGAUAUGACCGAAUCUGCUGGUUUCAGUGCACCCAGGGCUCAACCUCUGAUGGUUAAGUACCUUACUCGUUCAACCAUUGCGAGUCAUAUAAUUCAUAUCUAGUUCAUGGUUGGCUGUAGUUUGCCUGUGUCUUUCUGUAGCGAAAAUGGAGAAAACAAAUGUCUAUCUAUUACCUCCCCUUCAUGUCUCCAUUCUGAUUGAUUCACCUAUUUCUUCGUGCAAGCCUUUGGUUCACCCCUUGUUGUAUUGCAUUUCUGCUUUUCUGCUUCAGAUAGCCAGGGUCUGACUUAGAUUUCCUGUGAAACCAUUGUAUAACUGUUACAUAAGAAAUGUGUGUCAAUGAUGCUUAUUUCCUGCGAGUUCAUUGCAUAUCUGGAUA